GGAGCGCGGCGCAGAGAGCAGCAGCAGACAGACAGGCAGCGGAGUUGGUACGAACAUCUUCGACUUCACAAACCAAAAACACCUCGACUGCUCCUCAGCUGCCCCGCUCACAGACAUGCCUCGGACUGCUCGCUGUCCCGGGGAUUCGCGUUGGAUUUAGCGGCCGAUCGCUCCGGAAAAGAUGCCUGAAUGUGAAGUAAACAGCGCAGGAGAAAGUGUGCCUUGUUUGGAGCUGAACGGGUCGUGUGCCACAACAUAAAACUCGGAGCGCAUCAAGGCCAGCAGCAGCCUGUAGCACCAGUUAGCUAGUCGGCUAACGCUAGCCUGCUAACGUUACAGGUGUGAAGGCAGCAGAUAACCAAACAUAACUUGUAGCUGUAGUUAGCUGGCAACGAGCUGAGCUCCCAUGUCGUGACUUAAUACUGAACUUAAUGUGCCUAUUAUAAGCUUUUUAGGAAACGCCGAGUAGCAAGUAUAACACUUGGCAACAUUGUUGUUAGCCAUUAGCUUUUUAGUUAGCCGCUGUCCCGUGUUUACAGCAGCGGCAGGCUAGCCUCGCUAGCCACCGAGCUAACGACCUAACUUUAUAGCUACAUGUGCUUAUUUUCUUUUUUAGCUAAUUUUCCGCUGCUUAACUCGACUCAGCUCCGGACUUGUAGUGUGGUUUGGUGAUAUUCUUCAUAUUUGCAAGCGGGACUAUUGGACUUUUUCCACCGUGCCUGCCCUGGACUGACCCACCCACAAGGACUAUCUAUCCGGGGCCGAUGCUGACAGUUCAGCCCGGACCACGGCAACGCCAGGAGCCGCUACAGCAAUGCAGCCCCAGCAGAUAUACGACUUUUCAAGUGACGAGAACAGUCACAAAUGGAGAGGCCUGUUCGUGCAAGCUUUACGAAAGGUACAGAAGCAGGUCCAUCCAGCCCUUAUGGCGAAGGAGGAUGCCCUGCAGCACAUCGAGGAGCUGAUCCUGCAGCUGCUCAACAUGCUGUGUGUGGCCCAGCCUCGCUCUGUGCAGGAUGUAGAGGAACGGGUCCAGAAAACCUUUCCCCACCCUAUAGAUAAGUGGGCGAUUGCAGACGCCCAAUCAGCUAUUGAGAAACGCAAGAGGAGAAACCCUUUACUUCUCCCCGUGGACAAGAUUCACCCACUGCUGAAGGAGGUUUUGGGCUACAAAGUGGACUACCACGUGUCCCUGUACAUCGUGGCUGUGCUUGAAUACAUAUCAGCAGACAUACUGAAACUAGCGGGCAACUAUGUCGGCAACAUUCGGCACUAUGAAAUCAGCCAGCAGGAUAUCAAGGUGUCAAUGUGCGCAGACAAGGUGUUGAUGGACAUGUUUGACCAGGAGGAGGACAUUGGCUUGAUGUCUCAGUGCACAGAGGAGCCGUCGUCCUCCGGGGAGCUCACGUACGACGACCUGGUGAGGCUUGAAAUCGCAGAGGAGAGGCAGUACCUGCGCGAGCUCGACCUCAUCAUCAAAGUGUUCCGCCAUCACUUCCUGUCCAACCCCAAAAUCUUCACGCCUCAGGAUGUGGAGGUGACCUUCAGUAACAUCCUGGACAUCCACGAGCUGACGGUGAAGCUGCUCGGUCUGAUCGAGGACGCCGUAGAGAUGACGGCCGAUGGCAGCCCUCAUCCGCUGGUGGGCAGCUGCUUUGAAGAUCUUGCGGAGGAGCAGGCGUUUGACCCCUACGAGACCAUGUCUCAGGAUAUCCUCAGCAAGGAUUUCCACGAGCACUUCAACAACCUGAUGGCACGUCCAACCGUCGGCCUCUACUUCCAGUCAGUUGCAGAAGGCUUCAAAGAAGCAGUCCACUACAUCCUUCCACAGCUGAUGAUGGUCCCAGUAUACCACUGCAUGCACUACUUUGAGCUACUGCAGCAACUUCAGGAGCGCAGUGAAGACCAAGAUGACAGAGAAUGUCUGAAACAGGCGAUCACAGCGCUGCUAAACCUUCAGUGUAGCGUGGAACGCAUCUAUGCCAAGCACCAGCCUCGCCGUAAACCAGGUGAGCCCAUGUACCGACUGUACAGCAGACAAGUUCGUAGCAAACAACUCGCCAUCAAACGCAUGAACGAGAUCCAGAAGAGCAUCGACGGCUGGGAGGGGAAAGACAUCGGUCAGUGCUGCAGCGAGUUCAUCCUGGAGGGCCCACUUCUUCGAGCCGGCGCCAAGCACGAGAGACACAACUUCCUGUUUGAUGGCCUGAUGAUAAGCUGCAAGGCCAAUCAGAGCUCACGGCUCCCAGGUUCGGGCAGCGCGGCGGAGUACCGUCUGAAAGAGAAGUUUGUGCUGAGGAAGAUCCGCAUUGUGGAUCGCGAGGACUCUGUAGAGCUGCGGCACGCCUUUGAACUGAUAGGAAAAGAUGAAAACUGCGCAGUUUUCUGUGCACGGACAGCAGAGGAGAAAGUGGCGUGGAUGGCGGCGCUGGUGACUCUGCAGUACCGCUCCACUUUGGAUCGCAUGUUGGACACGGUGCUGCAGCACGAGGAACGGGCGCAUCCUCUAAGACUUCCCUCCCCGGAGGUUUACCGCUUUGCUGUGCAGGACUCUGAGGAGAAUAUUGUGUUUGAGGACAAAGUGCAGAGCAAAACGGGCAUCCCGCUCAUUAAAGCCGGCACAGUGGUCAAACUCAUAGAGAGGCUCACCUACCACAUGUAUGCUGAUCCUAACUUUGUGCGCACGUUUCUCACCACGUACCGAUCAUUCUGCAAACCACAAGAGCUUCUCGCCCUCCUGAUAGACAGGAUUGAGAUCCCUGAGCCAGAGCCGACCGAGGAGGACCGACAGGCUCUCUGGAACGGCGACCAGCCGAUGGCGGCCGAGCUCCAGAGAUUCCGGAAGGAAUACGUACAACCAGUCCAGCUCAGGGUUCUCAACGUUUUCCGUCAGUGGGUUGAACAUCAUUUCUACGACUUUGAGAACGAUCCAGAGCUGAGAAGUCGGUUAGAGGAGUACAUCACCAGCAAAAUUCAACUGCGAGGCAAGUCCAUGAGGAAGUGGGUCGAGUCCAUCAAUAAAAUCAUCAAGAGGAAGCUGCAGACGCAGUCAAACGGUGUCAGUCACAACAUCACCUUCGAGAGCCCGCCUCCUCCCAUCGAGUGGCACAUCUGCAGAUCCGGACAACUGGACUCAUUUGACCUCAUGACCCUUCAUCCUAUAGAGAUCGCCCGUCAGCUGACUCUGCUUGAAUCAGAGCUCUACAGAGCUGUCCGGCCAUCCGAGCUGGUCGGCAGCGUCUGGGCCAAAGAGGACAAAGAGAAGAACUCGCCUAACUUGCUCCGCAUGAUCCGCCACACCACCAACCUCACACUGUGGUUCGAGAAGUGUAUUGUGGAGACGAUGAACCUGGAGGAGAGGGUGGCCGUGAUGUCUCGGGUCAUAGAGAUUCUGCAGGUUUUCCAGGAGCUCAACAACUUUAACGGAGUGCUGGAGGUUGUCAGUGCCAUCAACUCUGUCCCGGUCUACAGGCUCGACCACACCUUUGAGGCAAUACCAGAGAGGAAAAGGAGAAUCCUGGAAGACGCUGUGGAGCUGAGCCAGGACCAUUUUAAGAAAUACUUGAUUAAACUCAAGUCAAUAAACCCACCCUGUGUGCCUUUCUUUGGUAUCUAUUUAACAAACAUCCUGAAGACAGAGGAAGGGAACCCAGACUUCCUCAGACGUUCCGGCAAGGAGCUGAUCAACUUCAGCAAACGGAGGAAAGUGGCCGAAAUCACCGGAGAGAUCCAGCAGUAUCAGAACCAGCCCUACUGUCUGAAGGUGGAGCAUGAAAUCAGGAGGUUCUUCGAGAACUUGAACCCAAUGGACAACAGGACCGAGAAGGAGUUUGCUGACCACCUGUUCAAGAUAUCUCUGGAGAUCGAGCCACGGCACUGCAGGCAGCCUGCCCGAUUUGCCAGGAAGACCAUGUACUCUCUGAAGUCCCCGGGGAUCCGGCCUGUGCGAACGUCUACCUCUGGCACCAUGAAGGGCCACCCAGUCGCCCUGGAGAGGGAGCCCCCACACAAGAUCACCUUCCGGAGUAUCGCUGAGACGGAGAUCGAGACGUCGGCAUCGUCAUCAGUGCCCACCUCUCCCAACACGCCAACCCCUCCGCAGUCCGCCUCCUCCGACCUCAGCUCAGUCUUCAUGGACCACGACCUCAGCAGCUCGUACGGCGGUAGCAACUCCAUAUUUGCUCCAGUUCUUCUUCCGCCUUCAAAGUUCCAGUCUGCGUCUUGCGGCAGCCUCCACCACCUCGGCGAGGAGCAGCUGAAGCCGCCUCCUCUGCCACCACGAAGGAAAGAUGCGAUGUCUGAAGGCAAACUGAGCUCCAGGUCCGACAGCCCUCCUGCCAUCCCUCCCCGGCUGCCCCCUCCUCUGCCCAGGAACCAGCCUCGACCGCUGAUCUACAACGGCCCACCGAGCGACGGCCCCCUGCCCAGCCCUCCGCCUCCGCCUCCCCGCGACCCUCUGCCCGACACGCCUCCCCCGGUGCCCCAGCGGCCUCCGGAGAUCUUCAUCAACUACCCCCUCAACCUGCAGCCUUCUCCCGUGGGCCGAUACCACUGGGACUUCAGCAGCUCGCCCAGCUCCCCCAACACCCCGCCCAGCACGCCGUCGCCUCGCGUCCCCAGGCGGAGCUGCCCGCUCAGCGCCAGCCAGAACAGCCUCUGCCCUCUCCCCAUCACCGCUCCACCUGUGCCCCCACGCCACAACUCCAGCCCGCAACUCCCUAAACUCCCACCAAAGACGUACAAAAGGGAGCUGCUGCAGCCGCCACAAGGCCUCACAUUGGUGGAGAACGCCGACAGCAGCCAGUGAAGCAAACUUCAAACUGUCUCCUGCAAACUAAGACACAGUGGACUCAAAGCUACUGAUCAGAAAGAACACACUCAACUCCACCUUCCCUCCCUCUGCAUCGACCAAUCACACCCCCGCUGUGCCUCUCAGGGGAUCAGUAGCUCCGCCUUCAUUGUAAACCCUCUGUGCCAAUGAGAAACCCACACCGGCGUGCCAGCUAAUAAACAACAAGGAGUGUUUGUGUCUGUUUCUUCUGUACGGAGCGGGACCGCCUGCUCCUGAUGAAAGUUCUCACCCCUCAAACUUACACUUUUACCCCACGUCCCACUCCUCCGUCAGGGUGGGGACGAACGUGGGGGGCCUUGGACUUUGUAGCCUCAACUGUCAUGCUUUGUUUCUUUGGGCAUUGACAUCAUGUGGAGUCCUGCUGCAGCUCGCACGGAUUUUUACGACCUCCUCACUGAGACGUAGCUCUUUCGCAGCGGUUGUGAGCAGCAUUGACUUGUUUUUUUCCUACAAACUGAAACAGUUGCCAAAGUCUUAUUUUAUGCAGGGGGAUAAGGGAUUUCUUUUUUCUUUUUCUUUUUUUUUUUAAAGAAAUGUGACAUUAAAAGAAACGCAUAAAGGAGGCGACACUGAAUCCCCCACCUUGUAUCUCAACUGUACACUGUGACUGUAAAAGACGUGAGUCAAACUGUCUGACUGUUUUUUGUUUUUUUUUUUGUCUGCAGCCACAAAACGUUGCCUUUCAAAAGAAAUCCAACAGCGGUGACCUCUGACCCCCAGGCUCCAGUCAUCACGAGCUGAGAACACUCCAUUUGCACAUCGAGUUUGGGCGAAGUCAGCAGGUUUUCGAUUAGACUUUUUAAAAAAAAAAA